CGCGGGAGACGUUCCCGCCCAAUCGGCUAGCCCCGCCCCUCUCCUUCCGGGAUGAUCCACGAGCUGCUGCUGGCGCUGCGGGGCUACGCGGGGGGGCUCUUCGUGGCCGGGGGGGGCCUGCAGGUGUCUCCCGAGGCGGCGCCGCUGCUGCUCCACCCGAGCGAGGCCGCGCUGCUGGGCCGCCUCCUCCGCCUCGGCGCCCUCUACCUCCGCUUCAGCGACUUCGCCGAGCCCGCCAAUCACAACCAUGCCAGCGAGGCCCCGCCCCCUCCGUCGCAGGCCCCGCCCCCGGCGCCCCCGCCCACCCCGCCUUUGCCGCCCCCGCAGGAAUUGCCUCCGCCGGGGAUCUACCUGCGCGCCUUCUGUGCAGGACUCGAUGCCGUGCUGCAGCCCUACCGCCAAGCACUGCUGGACCUGGAGCAGGAGUUCCUGGCUGACCCCCACCUGACCGUGGCCCACAUCAACUACUCCCUGGACCAGUUCCAGCUCCUCUUCCCCUCCUUGAUGGUUGUGGUGGAACAAAUCAAGGCCCAGAAGAUCCAUGGCUGCCAGAUCCUGGAGGUGGUCCACAGGCACAGCCGCGGGGGGCUGCCCCCCGUCCGCCAAGCCCUGGAGAGGAUCCUGGCCACCUGCCACGCGGCCAUGUACAAGCAGCUCUCGGCCUGGAUGCUGCACGGUCUCCUCAUGGACCAGUAUGAGGAGUUCUUCAUCCGUCAGGGCCCCUCCUCCUCCUCUGGAUCGGGGCCCACGCAGCUGGACGAGGACGAGGACGACCUGGGCAUCGGGGGCCUCACCGGGAAGCAGCUGCGGGAGCUGCAGGACAUGAGACUGAUUGAAGAGGAGAACAUGCUGGCUCCGUCACCCAAGCAGUUCUCCCUCCGGGUCGAGAUGCUGCCUUCCUACAUCCCUGCACAUGUGGCUGAGAAGAUCCUCUUUGUGGGAGAGACUGUCCAGAUGUUUGAGAGCCAGAACAUCAGCCUGACCAAGAAAGGCUCCAUCCUGAAGGACCAGGAGGACACUUUUGCGGCCGAGUUGCACCGCCUCAAACAGAGGCCUCUCUUCAACCUGGCGGACUUUGAAUCUGUGGUCGACUGGAUACGCAGCGCCGUGGCCGAGCACUUAUGGAAGCUGCUGGUGGAAGAAUCCGAUUUAAUAGGCCAGCUGAAGAUCAUCAAAGAUUUCUAUCUCUUGGGAAGAGGAGAGUUGUUCCAGGCCUUCAUCGAUACCGCCCAGCAGAUGCUCAAGACACCCCCCACGGCUGUGACGGAGCACGACGUGAACGUGGCCUUCCAGCAAUCUGCCCACAAAGUGCUGCUGGAUGACGACAACCUCCUACCCCUCCUGCACCUGACCAUCCACUACCACGGGAAGGAGCACCGAGAUGCCUCUCAGGCCCGCGAGGUGCUACCUUCCCGGGAACUGUCACCCCACGAAUCCCCCACAUCCGGCUGGGCCGCGCUGGGCCUCUCCUACCGGGUGCAGUGGCCACUCCACAUCCUCUUCACUCCCGCCGUCCUUGAGAAGUACAACGUGGUCUUCAAGUACCUGCUGAGCGUCCGGAGGGUCCAGGCGGAGCUGCAGCAUUGCUGGGCCCUGCAGAUGCGGAGCAAGCGCCUGGAGUCCAGCCGGACAGAUGCCAUCAAGUGGCGGCUGCGGCACCACAUGACCUUUCUGGUGGACAACCUUCAGUACUACCUUCAGGUGGAUGUCUUGGAGUCGCAGUUCUCCCAGUUGCUGCAACAGAUCAAUGCCACCCGGGACUUUGAGAGCAUUCGGCGGGCACACGACCAUUUCCUGAGCAAUCUGCUGGCCCAGUCCUUCAUCCUGCUGAAACCUGCCUUCCACUGCCUGAAUGAGAUCCUGGACCUCUGCCACAACUUCUGCUCACUGGUCAGUCAGAACCGGGGGCCCCUGGACGAGCGGGGGGCUGCCCAGCUGAGCAUCUUGGCCAAGGGAUUCAGCUGUCAGUCUUCGCUUCUCUUUAAGCUUCUGUCCAGCGUCCACAACCACCAGAUAAACUCCGACUUGGCUCAGCUGCUGCUGCGACUGGAUUACAACAAGUACUACACGCAGGCCGGGGGCACCUUGGGCAGCGUUGGGCUCCUAGACCAGUGAUUUGGGCCAAUCCAGUUGUAACGUGGGACUGCUGGUGUUUUAGGCUAAAAUGCCUCUCAAUGAAGGACUCUGCAUGAUCCCCAUGUUUUUCCUUAGCUCUUUGUUUACAAUCAAGAGAAUUGUCCAGGUGUCCAAGAUACAACUGGAGCAGCAGUAACAGCCUUUGUGGUUCAAAGGCUGAUCUGCUCCCUGUCCUCCUGUGACUUGUUUGCUCCAUAAUGAGUUGAAUGGGAAAAAAAAGGUCUGGCUGUUUUUAGUCAGUCCCUCAUGACCGGAACCAUGGUGCUCCUCCUUCACGUCCACAACGCCCUCAUUGCCCCAUUUGCCUGUACAAUCUAUAGUGAAACAAAAGGAUCACAGGUUCUCUGAGGAGUAAAUCCAGGAGAUGUAACAGAUCUUUAACAAAUAAAAGAUAUUAUAGACCUAUAAUGGACUACUGGGACUUUUUUUUGUUAAGGAAGCUGUAAUGAAGUAUGAAUUUUUGGUUUAUAGAUGUUAUGUUUAAUUGUGUGCUUAUGCUUUAAAAGGGUGAGUAUUGCAGUUAUUGCCUCUCUGCAUUCAGAGGCUGGUUGCCAUGAAGAAGUAGGCGGAGCCAACUGCCGUUUUGUUGAAGAAGUGCAGUGUUUAAAAUAAGGUUUCAGUCUGCUCUGAUGAGGCACAGGGAAGAUUGAUCCUAAGUUGAGGGGAUCAAGGGAGACUCAAUUGUUCAUUUUGAGUCGGAUUAAAAUAAGUUUAGUGACUUAUUUUAGGUAGUCUGUGUCCUAGUAAGGAAUCUGUGAUUGUAUGUCACAAGGGUGACUACAGUUUAAAAGUGGCAGAGGAUGAAGUUCUGACUACUUUAAGUUAAAGAAAGACACUUUAGGGAGUUUGACUCAUCUUAUUCUAAUAUUGUAACUGUUAAUGAAAGUGCCUCUAAGUGAUAAUUGUAACCACUAAGCUCUGUGCCUGAAUAAACUUGUUAUUGUUCCUCCAA